AUGGCACCUGGUGUGGCCAACUGCAUCGCUUGCACCGAGAUGAUCUCUCUGUAUUCUUCGCAGGGGAGAGUGGCGGACGCUUGCGCAGCCUUCGAUCGCAUUCUUUCGCCGGACACAACCGCAUGGAACGCCUUGAUGGCGUGCUUCAUGAGGAACGAGGUCUCCACUGAUGCCCUCACUGCGUGUUUCGAGCGAAUUCCCCACAAGGAUCAAGUAUCAUGGAACCUUCUCCUUGCAGGGCUGGGGAGAGCUGGGCAUCUCGCAUUCCAGAAGAUGCCCGUGUGGGAUUUGGUUGCCCUCAACACGUUGGUCGAGAAGAGGGGAGCUGCCGGCGAGAGGGCGAGAGAAGAAUCGUGUGAUCUGCGUGCCAGCGAGAAGGACAUCGUCUCCUGGGCUCUCCUCCUGCGCGAGUAUGCCCACAAUGGGCAGCUCGAGGAGCUCGGCACCUGCUUUUUCAAGAUGCCGUGCCACAACGAGGUGGUGGCAACGCUGGUGGCAUCCGCCUUUGGCAAGCAGGGGUACGUGGAAGCGACAAAGGCCGUGUUUGAUCGAGUGCAUGGCAUUGGAUCGUGGACCGCGCUCGUCACGGCAAAUUCCCGCGCUGGAGAGCUUGCCGAGGCGGAAAAGCUUUUCUACCUCAUGCCAAUGUGGGGCAUUGAAUCGUCUACUGCGAUUAUGUCCGUGUAUGCAAGAAACGACCUGGUGGACAAGUGCGACUGGGUGUUUUCCGAUCUCAUGCAACACCGUGACGCCACCACCUGGACUGUGCUCAUUGCCGCAUAUGCUCACUCAGGAUACUCACUCUGCGCGCGUUCCGUUUUGGAGAGGAUGCCGAUGACGGAGCUCACGAGCUGGAAUGCAAUGCUCAACUCGGAAAGAAUCCCUUCCGAGGAUCAUCUAAUGGAUCUGUUCAACGAAAUGCCGGAGCGCGACAUAAACUCCUGGACUCUCAUGGUGUCCGCAUUUGCCAAGCGCAGGGACAUGUCUACCGCGCUGAAGCUUCUGGAUCUGUGCCCGGCGUGGGCAGCCAGCGUCUGGAACGCGGUGAUUUCUGGAUAUGGACGCCAUGCUUGCGUUGAAGAGGCAGUGGGGGCGUUUUUCAAGAUGCUACUUGACGAUGUGGAGCCCGAUUCCGUCACCUUCGUCUGUCUGUUGGGAGCGAUGAGCCUUGCCGGAGAUGUGGAGAAGGUGAGGGCAUGGUUCCUGGUUCUGCGGGACUUUGAUAUUGGAGAGGAGAGGUGCGCUUGCUUGAGCAGGCAAGGUGAGCGAAGCUGA